AUGCUUAUAAGUAAAUUACCUCUAUUAGAAUAAACAACAUCUCAAAAGAUUCUAUUUAAUAAAACAAAAUUAAUCUAAGAAAACUCAAACUGUGCAGGUUUGGAGAAAACUUGCAGACAGACAAACGCACUUAAAGCUAAAAGACAGUUAAGUAUUAUGAAACAAUUUAUUGAGUGCAAAAAGUAAAUAACCACACAAAAUGAUGAAUCAAUAUCAAAAAGAGGGCAUGUAACCAAGUCAUAAUCUGACUGCAUGAUAAUUGAAAAACUUCAAUAGGAAUUUGAACAAAAGUAUUAAGAGCAAGUGAAGAUUUCUGAGGAUUUAAAACUAGAAAAUGUCAAAUUAAAAAUGCAGUUAGAUGAGCAGGAAUAGCAAAUUAUUUAUCUAAAAUUGCUAAAUAAUGAUUUACGCUAUUAGAUAGAGAACUCUACUUUAGCAUAAUAAUUAAAGAAGUUGGAGUCAGAAUAUAAGGAUACUUAUAGAAGGAUGGAUGACACUCUACGAAAAGCAAUUGACGAGAACUAUGAAAGCUAAAUAAAAAUGAAAAAUCUAUCAAUUAAAUCUCAACAGUUAGAAUAAUUUACAGUAAGUGUUACAAUAAUGAAUUAGUUUUCUUUAAGACAGCAACUUACUUGCAAACUUUGUAGAAAGGAAUUGUAAAAUACGAUUACUGUGAUUCCAUGUGCACAUAAUUAUUGUUAGCGAUGCGUUUCCGGAUAUGUGGGGAGAUGCUUUGCUUGCAAUGACGAUAGCGUUGUUUAAGCUACAUAUCAUAAUGAAUACAUUGGCGAUUUGAUAAAUAUGUAUAAAAUAUUUGAGAAUAUUAUGAAUAUAUUAAAAACUUGA